GGGUUACUUUUAGGUUGAUGGCGAGAAGGAUGACUACCAGGGUGACGGCGAGUAGGGUUACUUUUAGGUUUACGGCGAGAAGGAUGACUACAAGGGUGGCGGCGGGUAGGGUUACUUUUAGGUUGAUGGCGAGAAGGAUGACUACAAGGAUGACGGCGGGUAGGGCGACUGUAAGGUUAAUGACGACAAGGAUAGUGACCAGGAUGACGAAAGGUGACGACCAGGGUGACGACCAACAGCAACAACGAGGACGAUGUCGACCUACCAGGUUGAUAUCGACGAAAGAGAAGAGCAGGGUGGUUACGACCAGGAUAAUGACUAUGGUGAUGUCCCUGAAGAAGAACAGCGUGGGGAAGACGACGACGACGAACUGGACGACUACCAUAGUCACUACCAGGGCGACUACCAAGCUGAUGACGACGACUAGGAUUACAACCAGGGCGGUCGGUGAUGUUCACUGGACUACUGUAAAUCGGGGUUGCAGUAUCUAGCCAGGGUCAUUGACCUUACCAAGACACACUCAGUGUACCUCUUCACCUCUCCAGUGGACGUGAACUAAUUUUUAAGGAGAUGAGAACAUGGCGAUUCAUCUCUUUGUCCAUUGGUGAUUUGCAAAGAAAUAUGUAAAGACACUCUACUCUGUAUAAUAAUUGAGGAGACUUGAUUUCAUUCCACCAGAAACCUGUAAAUUUAAAUCUUCCUUGGAAUCCUCAUUCAUCGAUGGACAUACUACGUACGAUGAUGCCUAAACAUAUUGCAGUCCGACUUUCUACAUUCUGAAAGAAACGCGGUCAUGUUUCAUCAGGUUUUCUUAUUUAGCAAGCAAGCAAUUUAAAUUGUCUCGUAAAUUAGCAAUCAUGGUUAUAUUCAAAUGAACACGGCGACGUCUGCUUUGGAAGCAGAAUCUCCAGAUAUGUAAACGAUGGAAUAAAACAACAUUGAACUACUGAACUAUUCUCUCAAAUAUUAUUAACUAACAGCAACAUUAUCGAGAAUCAUCUGUCAGAAUCGUGUACACAACUCACCAGAGACAAAUGUCAACCUGACUGAUAUGAACCUGGCAAGAGGUUUGUUGAUUGGUCUGUGUCGGAGAAAAAUGCUUGCACGAGAAUGCAACCCUGCAUAGCUUAUUCUUAAGCAGGUUUCACUAUUCCUUCAAAUCGGACGGUCAUAAACCGAGGACAAUUCAACUGAGAAGUAUCUGAUUUCAGAAUCUUGAAGAGAACUAGCCUAUUCGGCCUGACUGAUUCGAACCUUGCAAGAGGUUUGUUGAUCGGACUGUGCCGGAAAACAUCCAAGAUAAAGACAAACUUUAUGAUUGUUAUGAUACUCAAUCUACACAACGACCCAAGAUAUGGAAUAAUACCGGUGCUGAUCAUUUGCAAAUGGAACAAUAUUGGA